ACGGUCUCAAGAAAUUCUUACGAGGAAUUUCUUUCGACCUAGAAUCAGACACACUGCAUGCAAUAGCCUGCCUUCGAAUGCACGCUCGCCUCCACACCGCACCGCCCCAAACCACAGACCCAUUGUCCUCUUUCCUCAAUCAGCUCCCGCAAUCGAAACCAACUCCAGUCCGCCGCAUCCAACAGCUGCAAACGGCAUGGCUAGUUGUGUGCAUAAUAUUAGCAAAACUCGACGCCCAUCAACUCCCUGGCCCUCAACUGGAUCAAUCCUCUACCUGCAGCAAGCUAGCAUGUCUUCCCCUGGCCGCUAUGUUCAAAUUAAGACGUAAUAUAAAGUCCAAACUUCAAAACGGAAUUAUAAUUAUAGUCAUGCAAAUAUGAUAUCAUAUACAUAAUAAAAGCAAUAGCAACAUUUUUUCUGAUUUCAUUUUAUUUUUCUGUUCAUCAUAUUACA